CCCUUGUCACUCUGCCCCAACGGCAGUUCUCCCACCGCAGAUAUUCAAAACGACUCCACGCUCGGCCUCUCAUUCCGACUCGAUCACCUCUCGUCUGUGCACCGAUUCUUCGAUUGGAAAGUUUCGAACAACAGCACAACAAAAAAUAAUUCAAAAUGUCGCUUGUGCAGCCGGAAAAGUUCCAGCACAUUUUGCGUGUGAUGAACACCAACAUUGAUGGAAAGACGAAGAUCAUGUUCGCCAUGACGGCUAUCAAGGGGGUGGGACGCCGUUAUUCUAAUAUUGUGCUGAAAAAGGCAGAUAUUGAUCUUAACAAGAGGGCCGGAGAAUUGUCUGAGGAGGAGGUUGACAAAGUAAUCACCAUUAUGUCUAAUCCUCGUCAAUAUAAGAUCCCUGACUGGUUCCUCAACAGACAAAAGGAUAUCAAGGAUGGCAAGUAUUCCCAGAUCGUGGCAAAUAACAUGGAGACCAAAUUGCGUGAAGAUCUUGAACGUUUGAAGAAGAUCCGAGCCCACAGGGGAUUGAGACAUUACUGGGGCCUCCGAGUUCGUGGUCAACAUACCAAGACGACUGGGCGACGUGGAAGAACUGUUGGUGUCUCCAAGAAGAAGUAGAUUAUUUUAUUUUUUCUUUAUACACUACCGACGAAGAAUGUUCCACUAAAAUAAAAUUUAAAAACCUAAAAUUUUC